UCACGUGUGGAAGGAGGACACGCCCCGCUGCUGGUCACGUGCGUGUGUCACGUGGGCGGUCAGGUGCGGCGGCGGGGCCGAGCGAGCGGAGCCUCGGGAUGAAUGGUCCCUCAGUAACAGUUAACGGUGCUCUGGGUGAGAAUGGCUGUGAGGGUGAACCUGUGUGGGAGCGACCGUGGACGUUGGAAGAGAUCCAUAAAGCCAGUGGGAACUGGUCCCUGGGUGCAGAUGCCGGGCUGCUCCUAUUUCUGCAAGAUUUCUCUCAGCGGAUGCUCUCCCGCACACACGAGAUCGAGAAGCAGCUUGACGGCUUGAUCCAGAACACCAAGGCCACAGACUCCCGUCUCCAUAAUGUCUUCAACGAUUUUCUCAUGCUCUCAAACAUCCAGUUCAUCGAAAAUAGAGUGUACGAUGAAGAGGUGGAAGAUGCAGUUAAACCGGAGAGUGGAGGCAAGCCAGCCGAAGUGGAGCGGACGCGGGAGCAGAAGGAGGCAGAUCUGAUUGGCAAGGUGCAGGAAGCUGUGCGGCACGGCCUGCGGGUGUUGGACUCUGCCUUUGAGCAGCUGGAUAUCAAAGCAGGAAACUCCGAUUCGGAGGAUGAAGAAACGGCUGAAAGAGUGGAGCAUCUGCUGGAACCCAAGGAUCUUUAUGUCGAUCGGCCGCUGCCGUAUCUCAUAGGGUCUCAGCAGUUUAUGGAAGAGGAGGAUGUUGGCUUGGGGGAUCUCUCCAGUGAAGAGUCUGUGGACAGUGAACACGGCAGCAUCGUCGAGAGUGAAGAGGAUGAGAGAGAGAAGGAGAAGGAGUCUGAGGAUGACUUUGCUGAUGAAAGUGAGGAGGUUGAAGAGAAGCUGCCGAAGUCCAUUCCAAAGCAGCAGUUGGUCAGUGACGAGGAUGAAGAUGAUGACUCUGAUUUGUUCCAUGAAUCGGAGAAGGAAAAUGACGAGGGGGUUUUGACGAGCUCGAAAAGGACGGAAGACAUUUCCUUCUCAGAAGAACUCGCAGCACGGAUCCAGGAAUGCAACGUGGAGAAGCCAGCUGAAGAGAGACCAUCUUUGACAUCUCACGGGGCAACAACUAAGACCCAAGUAAAGACGAAGAAAGAAAUCCCAAAAGCUAAACAACGAGAAGAAGAAGACUUGUUUGGCUCUGAGAAUGUUGAAGAAGAUGACAGCUACUCUCCAUUUUACAGCAAGGGUGGUCUCUUCAGCGGAGGGAAGGGCCUGUUUGACGAUGACGAGGGUGACCUUUUUGCUGAUGCACCGAAGGAAACAAAUGAUGAGGAGCGGGAAGUUAAGCCACGUCAUGAAGAGCCUGCUGUAAGAAAAUGUGAGAAAAAGGUUCCCGUUGGAGCUGUUUCAAUAUACCCUGGUGGAGAUAUAUUCCAUUCUGAUGCCAUUCCUGAGAAAACCCAUGAGAAGGGAGCAAAGAGAAAGACAGCCAAGUCCCCACCGGCUCCAAGUGCUGGAGGCCUGUUUGAUGAGGAAGACGAUGAUUUAUUUGGAUCGACAACGGCAAGCUCUGCUGCUAGUGAACCCAAGCCAGCUACAAUUCUCUUUGAUGAAAGCAAUGAUAGUGGACUCUUUGAGACCAGUGUCACACCUAAAGCACUCAAAGAGAAGUCAAGGCCGCAGCAGGAUACAGAACCACUCCCAGAAGUGCUCGAAUCCUCAGGGCUGCUUGCUGAAAAGUCCCAAACCAGCUCUGGUCUCUUCUCUGAUGAAGAUGAAUCCAAGGAUUUAUUCUUUACAAGCAAAGACACAACAAGAAGUGACUCAAAGCAGUCAACCGUAAGAAAGACCAAAUCCCAUCAAAUUCCAGUCUCCUUCUUUGACGAUGAUGAGGGUGAACUCUUCGGUGCCAUUUCUUCAAAGGAGAGUGCCGCAUCGAAGAAAUCUCAGCAGCAGACUGAACCCAAGGCUACACCCAGCAGUUUGAAACCCACUGGAUUAUUUGCAAGUGAUGAGGGUGACUGGCAAAGCCCGAGACGGCCUGCAGUGGAGCGUGUGGCGGAGGUCGAGGAGACAUGGGCCUCGACAGGAAAGGACUUGGCACCAAAGGCUGCAGCAGCCCCGCAGGCAGUGAAGAAGGACAGAAGCCCUGGGAACGACUUGUUUGGCGUGACUGGAAAGGAAAGCCAAAAUAAAUCCCAGAAAGUUUCCCUUUUGUUUGGAGGAAAUGAAGAAGAUGAUCUUUUUGCAUCGAAGCCAGCAGCUGGCAAGCCUGCUGCCCAGAAGCCGGCCGUAGCUCCUCGUGGAUCGACUGUGAUUAAAAAAGCUGUGGAGAACAAUUCUGUUGCAUCAGAUGGGAAGAGUCAAACGGAGCCAGUGUUGGACACCAAGAAGAGGCCGCCUGGUGCAGUCCCUCUGUUUGCUGGCAUCGAUGUUCUGGAGCAACAGAGAAAGACCAAGCCGUUGAACUCAAAUGGUGUAACUUCCCCGGGAGAUGACGUUCCGUCUAAACCAAGUCCCCCUGCUCUGCUGGAGGAAGUGCAGAGCAAUCGUAAAUCGGUGGUCAGUCUGUUUGAGGGUGAAGAAGAUGAGAGCGUGGAGGUCACAACUGACCCGGGUAAUCAAGAUCGCGACGAAAAGCUUGCUGAGAGCGGUACAAGUACCAGAGUGUUUCAAGAUGAGGAGUUGCUCUUCAGUCACCACCAGCAGAAGGACAAUGACCCAGAUGUUGACCUCUUCGCAGAUGCUCGAAAACCAGAGGUUAAAAAAACAGACAUGAAACUUCCUAUUAACCCUCCACUGUCACCUCGUGCCAAGGCAGUGGAGCAUCCCAGCCACGACCUCUUCGAUACAACUGACAACUUGUUUAGCAGCACCAAGCCAUCGUCUGCCAAAUCACCCCCAUCCUUAUCCAAUAUCUUUGAAGACAAAGGAGAUGACGAUCUCUUCGAUGCUGUAUCUAAGAAGCCACCCGUGACACCCACGAGACUCGCCAAUACGGGUCCCACUAAAACUAAAGGACCUUCCUCUCGGAUUGGAAAACUCCAAGCAAACCUCGCCAUCAAUCCAGCCAGCCUCCUGCCGGGAGCCGGGCCGAAAUUUGAUGGGGUUGUACCUGGGACAGCAUCACCUGCGUCUCCACCGACUCUCUCCCGGAACCUCGCCACCGGGUCCGAAUCAUCUACUGGUGAAGGCGUCUGUGUGAGUUUCAAUCAACCAGUCCAGGUGGAUCCUUUGUGCAGUGUUAAUAAGAGUCGUGCACGAGUAUCGAGGCGACGUCGGCCACCAACGAGAGAGGCCCGGCGACUGGCAGCACAGCAGUCUGCGGAGGUGGACGAGACAGACCAGGGAUCAGAAACAUGCGGGGCUUCGGUAACCAAGAGCGUUCCACAGAAGGUCCCGGCGCACACUCCCAGCCCAGACACGACCCCUACUGCAGUAUUAUCCUUGUCGUUCAAAAGUUCCCCAGAGAAUGAUGCUGACCCCCUCUCUGCCACCGUCGUAAACCCCCAGUCUGAUCUCAUUAGUUCAGGCGAUUCAUUCAGUUCCAGCCCGGUGCUGGGUCUGCCCGCUCCAACAGUGGCCAGAAAGGACUCCUUACCGAAGAAGGACCCAGUCCAAUCAAUCUUCACACCGAGCGACGAUGACCUAUUCCGGUCAAGUAAACAAACCAUGAAGAGACCGAAACCUGCUGCUUUCCUCAAAGAGGAAGAUGGUGAAGACCUUUUUGGAACAUCGAUAUUGGAGAAAACUAAACCGCCAACAAAGACAUCAAAAUCGAUCGACAUCUUUGAGGAUGAUUUGUUUGCCACAGAAUCUGUCACCGUAAACAAGAAGAAAAACGAGGGGAGCACUGACCUGAACCUCUUCGAUGACAACGUCGAUAUAUUUGCUGACAUAAAAAUAGCGCCAAAAGAGAAGAAGAGCAGGAAAAAGAUCGAGACCAAGUCUAUAUUCAACGAUAAUAUGGAUGAUAUUUUUGCUUCCACCUCAUCCUCAACCAGUGCCAAGAAACAGUUCAAACCCAAGACCAAAUCAAACCAGGCCGCCGUUCCGACCAGCGCCCCAGAAGGCAAAGCCGCUGACAUUUUUGACGAUCCUUUGAAUGCUUUUGGACCGUAGGUUUCAAGUGUAAAAACACUGCUGGAGUUCCUGGGAGGGAGAGGAGUGAGCAACAAUUCUGCUAGACCGAGGCGGCGUCCUGUUGCUCCAAUGAGGACAUUCUAGGCUUAAAUGUCACGGCUAAAUGUUAAAGUAUCAUGGGACCUCAAUGCUGAUACAUGGGGGUAAUUGCCUUGCAGUUUUCAACACUUUAUACUUAUUUCUGUUUGGUCUCCUGACUUUGACAUGCUCCAUUUUUCUCUGUUUGAUCAUGACGCCUUAAUUAUUAAGUUUAAUAAGGAACUGCAGAUGCUGGAAAAUCGAAGGUAGACAAAAAUGCUGGAGAAACUCAGCGGGUGAGGCAGCAUCUAUGGAGCGAAGGAAAUAGGCAACGUUUCGGGCUGAAAUGUUGCCUAUUUCCUUCGCUCCAUAGAUGCUGCCUCACCCGCUGAGUUUCUCCAGCAUUUUUGUCAGCCAUAAUUAUUAAGCCUUGCUUUAUCUUCACCUUGUAGUAACGAGAAUGCUUCUCUCUUGAGGCUGAUAACGGAAGGAAAGUGUUAUUAUUUUGAAUGAAUAGAGAGCACUGAAUCUAGUAACCUUGGAUCAUUGAAUUUUAUUAAAUUAAUUCUUUUGUACAUUGUGAUAUUAGGUUUGAGAUUGCUACUUUCAUGAACAAUGGCCCAUAUUUUAAGGUAGGCAUUCUCUAUGACCAGUGCAAUAUAAUGUAAAUAGAAUUCUAAACUUAAGGACGUGCUCUGUAAGUGAAUCAGUAGCCGGCUUGCAAAGGCAUCGGGCAUUUGUGGAAGUCAGUGUGUGGAUCGUUAAGUUGCCGUUGCACCUGUUACAUCCACAUUGAGGCCUUUGGCUGUUCCUUAGUGUUUGGAACUGUUCUGAAAAAUGAAAAUGCACGGUGAACAAAACAUUGAAAUAAAGAUAUAUUACUUCAGCA